GCCUGAGAAAGUUUUGAACUCCAUCUCUCGAUUCUAAGUAGCGUAGAUGAUCGGAUAUGGGCGUGGCUUUAGCGGACACCGGAGAUAAACACUCGCAGCACUCCAUGCUCGGUUUUCGACGCCAAAACUUCCAAUGAGGGCGAAGCAGAUUGUUGUUGGGAGCCACGGACUGCGAGUGCGCGGGAUUGUCUCUUUAAAGGCGCCUAGUGUGAAAAGUUCAGUCAAGAAGGCUGUGCGGAGGAGGGUUCUGCGCGGAUUGCUGCAGAGAUCGGCGUCUGAUAUCGCGAGUGCAGCGCAGCAGAUGGCUGGCGACGGCGGGGAGGCCAAACGUCUUCCAAAGAGACCGUUUCACGGCGAAGUAGAGGAGAACUCCAGCGCGACCAUGAAUGAAAACGUCAAAAUUCAGCCCGGGAAAAAGACUCCGGGUGAACGGCGCGGCAAGGAGAACUCUGCCGCCGCCAAGCGUACUGCGUUGACAAGCGGGUCUGCAGAGGCGAAGAUGGACCAGACUGUCAUUCCCAGUCCCCAAACGCAAGAGGACCCGAGCAUUUUCUUCGAUGAGGACAGCAAUCAUAUUUUCCCAGUGGAGCAGUUCUUUGGGAACAUGGAUGUUGUUCAGGAUUACCCACGCAGAACCCCAGGAAGCAAGAGAGUGAAUCGAAGAGAGUACAGGAGCAUGCAUUACUAUGCCAAAGAGGACAGUGAAGACGAGCAGCUAUGAGAAUCUGCCAUUUACAGGGAAGGAGUUUAAUCCUGGUAAAAUGGACUUAAUUGUUUUAAAGGAAGCCAUUUUAUUCCAAAAGCCUUCUUAAUGUUUGAGCUACACUGAAAUGCACUGUGUUGAUCUAUCAAUGUGGUUUUAAUGAGGUACAUUAACAAUGGCAAAAAUGGUGCAUCCCUAAUUUUAAACUAAACGUGCCACACUAAAGGAAUGUACAGGAAGACUGUUUUAAGCUAAAACUAUUAUGUGAUUUAGGGUUUGUGCUGAAAGAAAGCUAUAAAAACUUUCUGUACACUGGGUUUUCUACCACUAGUCCUUACUAAUGAAUCAUCAAAUACAGUUUUAUCAAUCAAGUGCCUCAAAAUUGCUGUUUAGACUUUGAAAGCAAUUAGCUUGGACAUUAUGAAUUUGGCACUUUUAAACAUUCUUUGUUGAGAAUGAACAGAUUUGUUUUUGAAAAAACACUUAAUACUUUAGAUCUGGUGCUGUAUAAUUAAAAAUUAAAGCAUGUAGCUAUUUUGACGUCUUAUGUUCUUUGAUAUGUUUAUGAUGUAAAGACUAUUUUAUUGAUUAGUAUCUCAAAUUAAGAGGGUUUUAUUGUAAGAUAUGAAAAGUUGUAAUUUUAAACCAACAAUUUCAAACUGUAUUAUGCAUGUGGCUUCACCAGGAAUUUGAUUUGUCUGUAUAUGAUGAUAUUUGUAUAGUCUUAUUGGACAGGAUUUGCACUAACUUCACGAGUGGCUCAAAGAUGUAAAAUUUUAAAAUGUAGUUUCUUUUCUACUAUGUACAAAUUACAUGAGAUAAAAAUUGUAGAAAGUGUGAUUUUGAAGUUUAUAUUUUUCUAUUGAAGUCAUAAACCAAGUGCUAAUUUUUUGCUACCAAAUGCUUUGUAUAUACAUGACAUGUCAAACUUAUUUAAUGUCAUAUCUUCUGUGUAUUAUCUUGUGAAAUCUACAAUACUCUGUCCAGAGAAAAUAAACCUCAUUAACAGCUUUGGAAAACAACUUUUG